GGCAUUUGGUAAUCCUAUAUUUACAAAUUCGACAACAAGAAGCUCAUAAAAUAUUUUCUGUCUAGUGUGGGUUACUGAAUAAAGCAGUUUAAAUAAAAUUAUUGUAUUGAAGAGAAAAUAAAUCAAAAUUUUUACUCAAGACAAAAUAGCAUAACAAUGCUUACCUCCAGGCAUACAAAAGAAAAGACUGCAACUGCAGAAGCGCGUUUAGGCUCUUUCUCACCAGAUAAUGAGAGAACAGCUUGGAAGGGUUGGUGUCGCUUAUGUGCUAAGGAAUACGAUGAAAGCCAUUUGUGUGUGUUUCCCGAUUUGCGAACUCCUAGUAGCAUAAUGGAUAACACUUUACCUACAGCGAUCGGCAAAUUUUUCUGGGUUAAUAUGAGACCAAAUGAUGGGCUAUCGACAUUCGUAUGUCUGGAAUGUCACACACUUGUGACUUCCUUGACACAAUUUACCGAACGAGUUAACAAAGUACAGGCCAUGUUCUGUGCAUUACAAAACACAGAUGCUGCAGACCUUAAUGAAAUCAGGCUCCAGUAUGGAAUAUUAGAUAAUGAGUGGGAACAUAUUAUCAAACUUGAAUGCAUUUCCGAUAAUAAGGAGUUCAUUGCUGACAAAGAAUCAAAUGAAGAAUGCGAAUGGGAAUUAGAAGGCGAAAAUAAUAAGGAAGAAACAGAAACAUUUGAGCUGGAGACAAAAAACGAAAUAAAAGAAGAUGGUAACUAUUCAUUUGAACUUGUUAGGCGCGGCAUAAAAAGAAAACGGGAGGCUUGCGAUGACAAUCAGGAAGAAGAUAGUGAAGAUGACGAGAAUAUUAUAUCUAUUGGUGCAUUAGCAGGGGACACCGAUGAUUCAGAAACCCAUUUUAUAAUUGAAAAUACGGAAGGUACCGAUGAAUUAGAUGACGCUGAGCUUCUAAGACAAUUGAGAGGAGACGAUGAUGACAACGAUGAAGAACCGGUAAAAGAGGAAAAUAAAGGCGAAGUGCAUGAAGAACAACCUGAUGAUGAAAAACCGGAAGAUAGUUAUGAGCAACUUAACUUACAAGAAGAAGCCUUAGACGAAAAUGAUGAAACUGAUGAAACUAUGGAGGGUGAAAAAUCUGCGCAGGUUAAUGAAAUAGAUUCAAGUAGUUGUGUACGUAAGAAACGUCGGGGACGACAACCCAAAUACAAUAUUGAAACCAUAAAAGAUGAUGCUGAGUCUGAGGAUGAUGCAAAUGAAAAUUCACAGACAUCUUACAAAUAUGAUUGUAGCAUAUGCCAUAAAAAGUACAAAAAUCCAACAUCGUAUCGUAAACAUGUUUUGGAAAAACAUAACAAAGAGCCGGAUAUACCUGAUUUUAAAUGUGAAACGUGUAAUAAAAUAUAUCCUACUGAGCGACAACUAGAAAUACAUGCGCGAUCGCAUCUCGCGCUCGAGGAUAAACUUGAUAUACCAUGUCCAUAUUGUGAACGUAAAUUUACAAAAGUCUCAGUGAUGCGCCUGCAUGUUCAGGGAAUACAUGAAAAUAAAAAACCAUAUAUUUGUGACGAAUGUGGGCGUUCCCUGAAAACAUUGGCAGCAUUGGCCGAACACAAAUUAGUGCAUACAAACGACACACCCUACGAAUGUGAUGUGUGUCAGCGGGGUUUCAAAAAUAAAGCACGCCUAAAGGUGCAUUUGGAGACUCAUAAUGACUCCUCAUACAUCUGCACUGAGUGUGGCCUCAAAUUGAAUACACGCCGCACAUUAAAAAUGCACAUGCUAGUGCAUUCAGACGCCAAACGCUAUAAGUGUGACUUUUGUCCGGCGGCAUUUAAACGCACUAAAGCACUGAAAAACCAUCUUAUACUUCACACCGGCAUGCGACCUUAUAAGUGCAAUUUCUGUGAGAAAACCUUUUCAAAUGGCUCUAAUUGUCGAUCACAUAAAAAGAAGAUGCAUGCUCAAGAGUUAGCAGAGGAAGAAGCAUUGGGCAAGAAGUCUGAAGCUGUUACGGUACCCAAAUUGGAAGAGCUGCGCUCGAGUACAAACGUUGUUGGAAAUCCGCGUAAGGUUCAACGUCAUCAUGGUGGUUUGCCUCUACAUAUGCGACAAUUGUUAAUCGCAGCCGAGGAGCGUGCAAAACGUGUGGAAAACACAAAGCAAACCAAUGAUAUGCAAUCAAGUGAUACCGUUGGAAUAUCUGGAGAAGAAACACAUACGCAAUCCGCUACGGGUUCGGCUCUACAAUUGGACGAUGAAGAUGGAUCAGAGUUUAUUGAAUUAAAUGAGGAAUUAUUAAAAGACUUUCACGAUGGCAAUGAUGAUGAAGAUGAUGAUGAUGAUGAUAAUGAAAUGGUUGUAUAUGAAGUAAUUGCUGAAAUUUAAAUUCCAUAAAAUGUUACUUACAAAACGUAAGAAACGAAACGGUGCGAAAUGAAUGAAUGAUGCAUUUCGACAUGUUUGUUUAUACGCAUAAAUGCAAUGUGUAUGCAGUCAAAUUAUGGAUUUGCAUAUUUGCAAUAUAGGCACUCUGGUAAUUUGAAAGGAAGUUAUUUUUAAUAUUUUUUAAUAUUAGAAUAAAUUAUAUUAGAUGUAAUAAUUGUAUUUUAGUUGUUUC